CCUCAGUUGGCUGCUCCAGCAAUUUCAGCCCCCAUGGAGCAGGUCGACUCCGUGGAGGAUAACAAGCGGGAAAAAAGCUCCAUACUCCUGACCAGCGCCAACUAUGUCAACUCGAUCGUUGGCAGUGGCGUUAUAGGCAUGCCGUUUGCCCUGCACGAGGCUGGGCUCGGCGUCGGACUCUUGCUGCUCCUCGCGGUUGCCUUCGUCACGGACAGGUCGCUGGUGCUGCUGGUGGCCGCGGGGCGUACGGCUGAGGUCAGCACAUAUCAGGACCUGGCGCACGCUGCCUUUGGUCGGGCUGGAUACGUUGUCUGCGCAUGCCUUCAGUUCCUCUACCCCUUUAUUUCCCUGAUCAGCUACAACAUCAUCGUCGGGGACACGCUAACCAAGGUCUUCAUCAGACUGGCAGGGGUCUCGGCUACCAGUUUCCUUGCACGCAGAGAAGUGAUCAUGAUUACAGUCACGGUAUUCAUCACCUUCCCUUUGUCACUGUACCGUUUAGCAAUGAUGGUCAGAGCGCCCAUAAUGUCUGAGCUCGCUGCUGGACAUGGCUCUGAGUCGUGGAGGUUUGUUAACUCAAACUCUGCUUCAGCGAUCGGCAUCCUGAGUUUUGCUUUCAUGUGUCAUCACUCGAGCUUCCUGGUCUACGAGAGCCUUGCUAACAACACGCAGCAACGCUGGAACAAGACUACGCACAUUUCGGUCGCGGUUUCGGCCGUGUUGAGCGCCGCGUUCGCUAUCUCAGGCUACGUUCCGUUCACGUCAUUCGUGCAAGGUGACGUGUUCGAGAACUACUGCUGGCGUGACGAUCUGAUGAACGCGUGUCGGGGUCUCUACUCGCUCACCAUCCUGCUAACCUUCCCCAUCGAGUGCUUCGUGGCUCGGGGCGUCCUCGAGACAUCCUUCUUCAGCCAGCAGCAACCGCUGUCGUUCACGCAACACGCGCUGUUGACGGGGACGAUAGCGGCGCUGGUGAUGCUCCUCGCCCUCACCACGGACUGCCUCGGAAUGGUUCUCGAACUCAAUGGCAUCCUGGUGGCGAUUCCACUAGCCUUCAUACUCCCCGGACUGUCGUACAUCAGAGUGCUGGAGGGCCCCAUCCUUUGCCCCGAGAAGUACCAGGCUUGGGGGGUGGUGGCUUUUGGUUGCGUUGCGCUGUUGGCUGGUUUAGUUACCCUUCUGAUGAACCUCGACUCAUUAAGCGAAUGUUCGCACGGCAAGCAAAUGGAAUAUUGCUUUACUGAUUUCAAUGGCACCCUAGAACCCGUGGUUUUCUAAGUACAAUCAACUUUUUCCAAAAACGAUAUUAUGUAACAUCCUUUUCUUCUAAUAACCUCCAUGAUGCGGUUGCUGCAAUGAUUGUUUAUUUCUAUUGAUACUAUAAUAAUGGUCGCAAUAUGACAUGGUCGAAUAAAUAUCCCUGAGAUGACUGAAGGUUUAGUCUCGUCUGCUAACAUGGGGCUAAUAUUAAAACAUUGGCUAAUAUUAAAACGUUAAUUAAUUAGUCCACGUAUGGUUCCUUCAUUCGGUUACAAAUUUUCAAUGAGCGACUCUCGUAAAAAAUAAAUUAUCAGAACCAUGUUUCAACACAUCGAAAGACUGCUCUCCUUACUCUUUUCUUUUGCAACGCUGCUCGAGAAAGUAUAAUAGAAUAAAAAAAAACUUAAAACACUGAAUUAAAAUCAGAUGUAUAAUUUUUUUCUGCCCUUUUCUUGUUUUCUAUCAAUCAAUAUGACGAUUUUUACACUUAUUCUUAAUAUCGUUUAUCUUUUUAAAAGAUUAAAAGUCUUUGCAAAUUUGAAAAUG